UCCGGAGCCCCCACCCCCUCCCCCUAACCCGGACACUCUGAUCCUUGGACGCUUGGGGGUGGGGGUGCCUAACUGUAGCUCUUGCUCUUUUGGCAACCGGGGUUUAGGCACAGCCCGCUGCUCUUGAGUUUGACGCCAGUCUAAGAGCUGGCCACAGUAACCCUGCUGCCUAGAAAGAAGGAACCGUGGACUGGGACAUCCUACCCUCCUGGGACGCUGGCUUUGGGGCAUGGGAUUAGAUAGAAGGAAACCAUUGGUUUGGCUUUCAGAAACAAGGCCACUAGCACUGCUGGGCAUGCUUGGAUUUAUGGUGGCCUCUCUCAUCUUUGACAUGGGUUCCCCAGGCCAGGUCUCUGGGAUGUUGCAAAAUCCUUAAGCCCAUGUGCACAGCGCGGAGUCCAAAGAAUGACCCAGGUUCCCUCUGGCGGCCUUCCUCUUGCCUCCCCCCCCCCCCCCCACCCCAGGGCUAAUGCAGCUGGAUCUGCGUGGAUUAUUUUACAAGAAGGGAUUCUAAAUCAUCCAAGCCUUUAAGCAUGCAGUUUGCAGAAGCUGUUUACUGUGGAAGAGGAGUUUGAAGAUGAGGAUUUUUUAUCUGCUGUGGAGGAUGCAGAGAACGAGUUUGCUGGCUCACGGCCUUUGAAUGCUGGAUGCCUGAGACCUGUCUCUUCUAGGCCACAGGAGACUGUGCCGGCACAGUCUUCUGGGCAGCUGCUGUCAUGCCCCACUGCUCCUUCAGAGGCUUUGGGCCCGUCGGCCCUGGGACUCCGCCUUCCUACCUCCAGCAUGCCCAGGGCCAUCAGGGACCCGCCUUCCAUAGGAACAGCCCCCCUAAGGCCUGUCUCGACUUCUAGCAGCUGGACUGGCCAUCAGAGACGAGUGUCCCUGCCGGAAGUGCUCAAAGAGCCAGCGAGACCCCAGACAUCAGCCUCCCGCCCCCUGCUCACCUUUGAGAGCCAACAGCAGAUGAUUAGUGGCUUUGAGGGGCCUGAACAAGAUGAAUUUGAUAAGGUCCUGGCAAGCAUGGAGCUGGAGGGGCCUGGCGUGGAGCUGGAACUUGGAAUCAGCGGUGAGGCCACGGGAAUCCCGCCCACCUGGCAGCAGGAGGACUUAGCUUUAGCUAAAAAGGCUCGAGUAGCUGAGCUGAGCAGGUCUUGCCAAGAGGGGCCCACGCCUGCCUCCCACAUAACGAGUGUCAUGUCAGCCGACGAUGAGCCCCCAGCACCUGGGGUCCACUGUAGGACUGCACGGCCCCACCUGAGACCCGGUGCCGUGAGCAACCUUCCUACCCCAACUGCCUCAACAGUUCCUGCUCAGCAACCCCACUCGGAAGCCUGCCCUCAGGGGCCCGCUCUUCGAGCGGCACAGCCUCUCCAAGCUGCUGGCCGGCCUGUUCAGAGCAGCCCGCAAAGUCCUUUCCCUGGUCAGUCAUUCCAACGUCCAAAUGUCUGCUUGCGUGGCAAAUCUCACCUUCCUGGACCACGAACUCCCAACUCGAUCUGUUUUACUCCCUCGAGGACUAUCUCUGCGUUACUUUCUCGGAGCCCCUUACAACCCCGAGCUCCAGCGGCUUCCGUUAAGUGUCCUGCGGGCACCCCAAAGAGCCCCCAUUCCUCCCUGGUUCCCCAAGCAGUUCUCCAGCCACCCAUAGUCACCAACCACCUGGUGCAGCUGGUCACUGCUGCCAACCGGACACCCCAGCGACCUGCCCGCACCAAAACCCGCCGCUUCCCCGGCCCCGCAGGGAUCCUGCCCCACCAGCACAGUGGGAAAAAUCUGGAGGAGAUCAUGGUUUCCACACCCCAGACUCCGACUCAUGGUGCCCUGGCUAAAUUCCGGGCCGAGAUUGUUACUAGUUCCCAGGCGUCGGUGGAGGAGGAUUUUGGGCGAGGGCCCUGGCUGGCCAUGAAAUCUGCUCUGGGCCUGGAGGAGAGAGACCCCACCUGCUUUCUCUGUACCUAUAGCAUCGUCAUGGUGCUGCGGAAGGCAGCCCUGAGGCAGCUUCCCAGGAACAAGGUCCCCAACAUGGCAGUGAUGAUCAAGUCCCUGAGUCGGAGCACGAUGGACGCCAGUGUGGUUUUCAAGGACCCCACGGGAGAGAUGCAGGGCACGGUGCACAGGUUGCUGCUCGAGGCCCGGCAGAGUGAGCUGAAGCCUGGCUCAGUGCUGCUGCUGAAGCAGGUUGGAGUGUUUUCUCCUUCCCUCCGAAAUCACUACCUCAACGUGACGCCCAACAACCUGGUCCAUAUUUACGGCCCAGAUUCUGGGGAUGGGAACUUCCUCAAGCCAUCUCCGCCCUUCCCCAAGGACCCAGGGAGCUUCCCUGGCAGCCUCCACCAUGAGACUGCGAAGUCUGGAAGAGGCCUCAGAACAGCGCACGAUGCAGAAGCAGGGGCAUCCCCUGAGGAAGAACUCCCAGAAGCAGGUCUUACGCAACCUUACAGAAAUCGGAUGUGGUGUCUUUUCUGGCCAGGCUGCAGGCCCCGAACUAACUACCAGUGUGAUAGGGGCCACAUAAAGCAGAUACAGCGUGAGCCACAGGUCUCCCCCAUUUCCAAGCCGUGUGCUUUUGGCCACAAGGAGGAGAUGAACCGGCACCGUCCUUCUGCCACAGCUUGAGUCUUCCGUGGGCUGAUGGCCAGACCCCAGAGGCAGAUUUCCGUAUCCUGGCCAAGCUCAGAGACCCUGCAGGCGGUGCUGAGGACUCACACGUCCGUGUGGGACCAGGACACAGACCCGAGAGGCCCAAAUACUGGGUUAGGGUACAGCCAGCUUGUUCCUCGGGGGGCAGCAUCCCCCACAUGAAGCUAGCACAAUCCAAGUCUGCGCCUUAGCUUUUCGAUUCCAUAAAUUCAACCCUCUCUGGCCUCACAGUUCAUUGAGAUUAUGGGUAAGUGUCUCGCGUUAGGGGCGCCUGACUAGCUCAGUCGGAACAGUGUACGGCUCUUGAUCUCAGGGUUGUGAGUUCAAGCCCCACACCGGGUGUAGAGGUUACUUAAAUAAAUAAAUAAAUCUUUAAGUGUCUCACGUGAACCAAUUUCGCGUUAGACCAACGGAUAAACCACAGAGCCCAUUUACUUAUAGCCUAUGAGAAAGUACUCCUUAUGCUGGAAUCUUCUCUGGAAUGUCCCUGUAAGUAAGCUUGCUGACAAGCCAAACCAUCCUCAGAAGGUCGCCGGUGGUCAGGGAGUGAGACUGAGGAGACUUGCCUGCACGAUAUUGUGGCUGGUGUCACGUCUCCACUGUAGGGACGGACAUGCCGAGCGGACAACUACUCGUGGUGGCUGGACAGGGCCUGGAGACGCCAAUACUCGUUCUUACUCUGAUUCCCAGUUUCCUAGGCCCUCACUGAUUGCUCAUUCCGCUUCAUUAAAUAUAGAGUUUCCCCGAACCGUCCUAAUGUAGCUAGUGAGGGGCACCUUCUUUUGUUACAAAUUUCAGUCCCACUUCCCCGAGUACAGGGCUGGUCACCUUAAUCAAAUUCUGAAUGCCCCCAAACAGGCUUCUAUCCUUCCAGCAGCCAUGUUUAUCGUGCCCUGAGCCAGACCAGACUCGCCUCUGCAGGGGUAAUUUCCAGCCCGACUUACUCCGCUGGCGGCCUGAUCCCGUCCGUGGCGCGGGAGUUUUCUAGCUGGAAGCCGUGGCGCUGGCAUGGGAUGGAGCUCGAGUAGGCUCACCACGGGCAGGCCGUUUGACCUCUUUGAACUCGG